AUGAUAGAUAAAGUUCCAAGUGAUCAGGAAUCGAUUAUUUCUAAAGAGUCCGACAACGAAAAUGAUUUCUGUGAAAUACAGCCGAAUGAUAUUAUGAUCAGUACUGAUGAUGACUCCAGUGAUGAUGACGUCCCUCUUUCAAGAUGUUUACAAAAGCCAUAUAAUCAACCACCCAAAGUUUCAUGGUCUUCUCAAAAUUUACAACUAAUAAACCCGGCUCAGCCGUUUACUGAGAAUCAAGGUUUAUGGCAGUUGCUACAAAAGGAAGAUCACAUGUUGUCGCCUUACUUCUUUUUUAAUCUGUUUAUAACUGACGAGCUUAUAGAAGACAUUGUUUUUCAAACAAACCUGUAUGCUGAACAAGAGUUUCAAAAAAAUACCAAAAAAUAUAAUCCUACAAAUACAAAAGAAAUGAAGGUUUUCCUUGGUCUUAAUCUUAUGGGAAUCAUACUACUACCUAGUUAUAGAGACUACUGGAGUGUCGAUGAAGACAUGCACGAUAAUUACAUUUCCCAGUUUAUGCCUGUAAAUAGGUUCGGUUGGUUGCUUAGCCACGUUCACCUCAAUGACAAUAGCGUAAUGCCAAACAAAGGGGAUGGAGGAUUCGAUACACUAUAUAAAAUCAGGCCCUUCAUAGAUAAAAUUAAGGAGAAUUUCAAAAAUAUUAUAAUUGUACAAAAAACAUCGCAAUCGAUGAAUCAAUGA